AUGAAUUAUCAAUUACUUUAUAAAAUUAUAAACUUAAUAUUUGCAACGACAAAUAGUAGUGAAUCGCAAGAAAAUACUUUAUUACAAAAUAAAGAAAAGAGAUUUGCUUUAUUGGGUGAUUUAUUAAUGAAAUUUUUAUUCAAAUAUGACCAUAUUGAUAUAUUAGUUUUUGAAGAUCUUAAUGAAAGCUUUUUGCUUUUAGAAAAUUAUACAAUGAUGUUUUCUAAUGAUGAUUUAAAAUUUAUUCAUAAAGAGUGUGAAAAAAUUUCAAUUGAUUCUUAUGAUACUAAAAAAAUAGUAGAAUUUUUUAAAUUUAAAACUGAAAUUAAUAUUUUAGAAGAAUUUGAAUUAUAUGCUUUGAUACUAAAGGGUUUUGUUGAUAAUUUUGUUGAUCUUCUUACUGAUGUCAAUGUUCAGCUAUCUGAAACCAGAAACGAAAAAUUUUAUGAAAAUGCAACUCUCGCAUUGAUACUUAAAGAUUUACCUGUUUCCUUUUCUAGUAUAAAAAUUAAUUUUUUUAAAACCUUAUAUAAUGUAGUUUGUAAAGGUGAAGCUUUCAAUAAAAAUUUAAGUGAUUUAGUUAAUGAAUUAUUAAAAGAAAUAAAAAGAUCUUCGGAAAUUUCAAAAAGGAAUAUAGAAAUAGAAGAAUUUGUAAAAAAGAUGAGAGAGAAAUAUCAGUUGUUUUUUGAAAAUUAUGAAAAAACUUUACCAAAAAAUAUUAGUAGAAGGAGUUUUUUUGAAAAUAAUGAGAUUGGUUUAAAAGAAAUACAAAAAAUUAUUAACAAAAACCUUUUAAAAGAUACUAAAACAAAAAAUUUAAAUCGUUGUUUAGACUUUUUAUUUUUAAUUAGAGCACUUUUUCAAAACCACAAGGCUUUUUUUUAUUUUAUUAAUAAGAUCAAUUUUGAAGAAGAUAAAUAA